CUCCGAGGGCAGUUAGCACCACCGACUCAACCGCCGCAUGGGUACCUGGGAGAUGUCGGCGGGUAGACCCAAAGCCUUCUGGAAGUCGUAGUUCUAUUUGCUUCCGCGCUUUCUCGGAGCCUGGACCUUCCCGCCUGGGUUUUAUUCUGGAGAACCAACCCCUCCUGCCUCUCCAGGACCCCACGAUGCCCGCCCCACAGUGCGCCUCUUGCCACAAGGCGCGCGCCGCCCUCCGCCGUCCGCGCUCGGGCCAGGCUCUGUGUGGCGCCUGCUUCUGCGCCGCCUUCGAGGCCGAGGUGCUGCACACGGUGGUCGCGGGCCGCCUGCUGCCGCCCGGCGCCGUGGUGGCCGUAGGCGCCUCGGGCGGCAAGGACUCCACGGUGCUGGCGCACGUGCUGCGCGAGCUGGCCCCGCGCCUGGACAUCUCUCUACACCUCGUGGCGGUGGACGAGGGCAUCGGCGGCUACCGGGACGCGGCGCUGGCGGCCGUGCGGCGACAGGCGGCGCGCUGGGAGCUCCCGCUCACCGUCGUGGCCUACGCGGACCUCUUCGGGGGCUGGACGAUGGACGCCGUGGCCCGCAGCACGGCCGGCUCCGGCCGCAGCCGCGCCUGUUGCACCUUCUGCGGGGUGCUGCGGCGCCGCGCGCUGGAGGAAGGGGCGCGCCUCGUGGGAGCCACGCACGUCGUGACCGGACACAACGCGGACGACAUGGCGGAGACGGUGCUCAUGAACUUCCUGCGGGGCGACGCGGGCCGGCUGGCGCGGGGCGGGGGCCUGGGCUCCCCGGGCGAGGGGGGCGCCCUGCCGCGCUGCCGCCCGCUGCAGCUGGCGUCGCAGAAGGAGGUGGUGCUGUACGCGCACUUCCGACGCCUCGACUACUUCUCCGAGGAGUGCGUGUACGCGCCCGAGGCCUUCCGCGGCCACGCGCGCGACCUACUCAAGAUGCUGGAGGCUGCGCGGCCGUCGGCGGUGCUGGACCUGGUACACUCUGCCGAGCGCCUGGCGCUGGCCCCGGCCGCGCGGCCCCCGCCGCCCGGCCCCUGCUCCCGCUGCGGGGCGCUGGCCAGCCGCGCGCUCUGCCAGGCCUGCGCGCUCCUGGACGGCCUGAACCGCGGCCGGCCCCGCCUGGCCAUCGGCAAGGGACGCCGGGGGCUGGACGAGGAGGGGCCGCCGCGGGAGCCGCAGCCGUCCCGACUGCCGACUUCCCAGCCGACUCUAGACUUCUAGAGACUCCAGUUCCCUGCCAGUAUCCGGCGCUGUGGGGGCGCGGGGCCGCCACGGAAUUACCUGAGCCCGGGCAUCGUGUGCAGCUGGGAGAGAAAUGGAACCUGUUACCUGCGAUCCUGAAGACGCUCUGGGCUCCUGGGGCUGGGGGCCGGGGACUCCUGGGUCUCAGAGAGGGGAGCACUAAACGACCUUCCAUUCCUGAGCGAGUGGGAAUUAGGGGGCUGCUUGCCUGUACCUCUGUGGGAUGUGGGCGUGCUCAGAUGGUCCUAACCCUUCUCGAUCGCCUACUGCCUGCCUGGUGUUCGUGUUUGCCUGCAGUAGGAAAAGCACAACCACGCACCUGGAUGGACAUGUCAGUUACAGCACUCAUGGUGUUUCCGUGUGAGCGCUGUGUGUACUGCAGGCGCUGGGCCAUCACAUUUCACCCGCACCACGAUCUCAUUGGCUGUAGCCCGAGGCCCGUAACUGGCCCGAGGUCACCUCCCUGGAGCCCCACCUGGGGGCUUUCACCCAGGUCCUCCUGGGGCUCUUCAGGACUGUGGAAUUAGUCCUUAUCCCCACUACCACCUGAAUCUCUGAUGGAUGAAGAGCAACUGGGACGGCUCUCCAGACUUCAGAUUCUAGAGGCAGAGCUGGGUGAGCUUGGGUCAGUGACUCAACCUCUUGGAUCUUCCAUCAUCUGCUCCGCUGAAAUGGAAUCAAGGCCUCCCACCAAAGCACUGUUGAGAAUGUUUCAUAAGUGCUCACUAAAUGUGUCCGACUUGGCUGCUCACACUAAGGUUUGGCCACCAGGGGGCGCUCGAUUUCGGGGUUGCUGACCUGCCGAUCCAGACAGGCAUGAGGCUCAGAAACUGCCUGCCUGACUUCUGCGUAGUCUUGGUGUCCUCAGCCCCACCUCCAAACUUUGCUGGGCUGCUCCUUUUUUAGAAAUGCCCUCCUUUCCCAUCUUCCUGCUCACAUCCUCCAGGAGCCUCCUGGAAGCAUCCCUGAAUUUCUCCUCCCAUCCUGCCCAGCCCAAGACAUUGGGACUCUCCCAAACCCCAGCCGCUGGGUCCUGUCCUUACCAUGUGGCCAUUCAGCCCUUUGGGGUCUUGUUCUCCCUAGCUAAACUGAACUUUGGAGACAGAAACCAGAUCUGCGUUUACACUGGAUAGCACAACAUCAUUCUUCCCACGUUUAUGGAGCCCUUGAUGUCUGCAAGGGCAUCUAGACAUCGGUGGGAGAGAAAAUUAAAAAAAAAAUUAAAACCA